AUGGCUGAGGAAUUUUCAAAAGCGGUGGAGGAGGGGCUGAGGCUGUCGAAGCGAAUAUACUUGGGAAAUGACAGGGCGGUGUCACCACCAAAGCCUCCAAUGACAAUGCUCAAGUCCAACACCGCAUAUCUUCCAACAGCACCAAUGCUCUAUGCUAUCAUCCAUGACCCUGCCAUUGUUGACAACCCUGAUGUCCCUAGCUACCAGCCUCACGUGCAUGGCAGGUGCGACCCCCCUGCCCUCAUUCCCCUUCACAUGACCGCUGUUGAUCUUAAAGCCGAUUGCUAUCUCGACACCGCCUUCGUCUCCGUAGCCGGUUCCUGGCGCCUCCAUUGCGUCUCCGGCAGCCGCAGCUGUGAUUGCCUCAUCGCCGUCCCCAUGGGCCCACAGGGUUCAAUUCUAGGUGUGGAGGUUAGUGUUCAUAGGAAAACUUAUUCUACUCAACUGGUUGAUAUGGAAGACAACAAUGGUAAGGGGAAUUGGACCCGAGCUGAAGAUGGAGGCUUUCUCAAGCCCAAUUUGUUUACUUUGAAUAUACCUGAGAUCAGUGGAGGUUCCAAUUUAUCGGUUAAAAUUAGUUGGUCCCAGAAGAUACCAUACUGCAAUGAUGCCUUCUCCUUGAAUGUGCCAUUUGCCUUUCCUGAUUUUGUCAACCCUGUUGCAAAGAGAAUGUCAAAGAAAGAAAAUAUACAAAUAAAUGUGAAUGCUGUUACUGGAAGUGAGAUUCUAUGCAAGACAAUAAGUCAUGCCUUGAAGGAAGUGAGGCGCAAUGGUGGGAGUAUGGCCUUCUCAUAUGAGUCUCAAGUUCUCUCAUGGUCAAAGAUUGAUUUUAGCUUUUCAUAUGCUGUUUCUUCAAGUCAUAUAAAUGGUGGUGUUCUUUUGGAAUCUGCAUCCGUGGAUGAUUUCGAUCAAAGAGAGAUGUUCUGCAUGUACCUUUCUCCUGGAAAUCUUCAGAGUAGGAAGCUAUUCAGAAAAGACAUCAUAUUCGUUAUUGACAUUAGUGGAAGCAUGCGGGGAAAACUAAUUGAUGACAUAAAGAAUGCACUAAUUGCUGCUCUCUCUAGGCUCGAUCCUGAUGAUUCAUUCAGUAUUAUAGCAUUUAAUGGAGAGAUAUAUCUAUUUUCGACAUCAAUGGAAUUGGCUUCAAAGGAUGCUGUUGAAAGGGCCAUUGAGUGGAUUAACAUAAACUUUGUUGCAGGGGGUGAUACAAAUAUUUUGCAUCCCUUAAACACGGCAAUAGAGAUGCUAUCCAAUACUCGAAGUUCAGUUCCAAUAGUUUUUCUAGUUACAGACGGAACUGUUGAAGAUGAGAGACAAAUUUGUGAUAUGAUAAAGAAUAAUCACAUGAUCAAUGGAGAGUCAAUAUCCCCCCGGAUUUACACUUUCGGCAUAGGUUCAUUCUGCAAUCAUUAUUUCUUGCGGAUGCUUGCUAUGAUUAGUAGGGGCCAACAUCAUGCAGCAUUGGAUGUAGAUUUGGUUGAGCCUCAUAUGCUGAAUUUAUUUGACAAAGCUUCAUCUGUUAUUCUUGCAAAUAUCACGACGGACAUAUUUGAUGAUCUGGACGAAGUUGAGGUGUACCCUUCCCAUAUUCCAGAUCUUUCGUCAGAUGGUCCAUUGAUUUUAUGUGGAAGAUACAAGGGGAAUUUUCCCAGAGUUCUUAAAGUUAGAGGUACCUUGGCUGAUUUCAGUAAUUUUGUAAUAGAUAUGAAGAUAGAAGAGGCUAAGGGCUUACCUAUAGAAAAGGUUUCUGCAAGAGAUCAAAUAGAGUAUCUUACUGCUCAAGCAUGGCUUUCAAAAAAUAAACAAUUAGAACAGAAGGUUGCCAAACUGAGCCUACAGACUGGCUUUACGUCCGAGUAUACGCGAAUGACAAUUCUUGAGAAUGAUCCACUAAUGAAAGCCAAGAUAGAUAAAAAAGUGUCAAAAAAGAUCCAUCCUCGGAAUGGGGACAAUGUUGAAGGCCAGAGAACGAUUUUACUCCCAAACUUUGGUAUAGGCUUUGGCAACUUGAGAGCAACCGCUGAAAACACUCCACCAGGAUCUGAAGAAACUAGAUUGCCUGAUGGGGCUGAAAUGUUUGUUAAGGCAGCCUCAAAUUGUUGUGGCACCUUCUGUAAUUACUGCUGUUGCAUGUGCUGCAUCCAGGCCUGUACCCGGAUAAACAGCCAAUGUGCAAAUGCAUUGGCUCAGCUUUGCGUUGGUUUAGGGUGCUUCAGUUGCAUCAGCUGUUGUUCAGACAUGUGCUGUUCUGGAAAUGAAGGCUGA